GGAAAAAAUAAUCCGCCAUAUUGGAAUAAACAAGCUUGGCUCGCUUAUCGAAUAAUCACUGUUUUCGUUCAGAUUAUAGUCUGGUUGGAUGCCAUGGUGUAGCUUUUGUGGAGGACAUUCAAUGAGGACCAUUAUGAGGAUAAACACAUUGAGUGGAUAAUGGGGAUCAGAUGAUGUUUACAACUCUAUACCACAGGGAUGAUAGUGGACAACAGGGCUCUGCCUACAGAUCCUGUCAUGUUGUCACAGUUACCUCCCCUGGCUGUGGAUUCCAUGACGCAGAUACAAUUAACAGAGUUUAUACCCCAGCUGGUGACUCUUGUGACAGGUAGACAGCACCCUCUGUUUGGGAAGAGUCAGUAUAGACCAGAUUGGUGGCCACAGGAUGUGUCCUGGUCCUGGCCAGAUUCAGAUGACAGUGAUAAUUUAAAAAUCAGCAGCGACCUCAAUCAGGAUGAGUUAAAGAUAGAAAUGCUGCGGAAAAUUGUAACAAGCUGUUACAAACAUCUGGACCAGGAGAAUCUUCUUCAAGCUGCAAGUCUUCCACAGGAAAAUAAGGGCCAGAAACCCCCUGUUACCAGAGUACUUGUGAGUGUGUUAAAUCAGAAAUCUCCUGUCACCCAAAUGCAAGUGUUGUUUGAACACGAUGGAAACCAAAAUGCUGUUUGCUCUCAGGAAAACCCUAAAACCACAGUCGCACAAGCCCCUCCACAAGAGGAGAGUCCUACACCAGCAAAUAACCCCAUCUGGGUGUGUUUCCUUUGUGCCAAGCAGUUCACUAACCAGGAAGACCUCAUGGUUCACCAAGACAAGUGUGAGAAUGAGGAAAUGGAGGAAGUGGAGAAAGUGGAGAAGGUGAGGCUCCCUAAAGUGAUACCAGUGCAAGCCAUCCCCAAAACUCCUCCCUCAAAGACAGUUGCCUCAAAUAUGCCUCCACGGGUUUUCCCAAUGGGCCAGCCUGUACGAAAGGUCAAUACACGGAUGGCCCAAUCACGUGUGAUCCCAACUCAUUUGGUGCAGAGGCGAAGGAGACGCUUCAAGCCCGAGAUUUACAUCCCUCCUCCUAAGGACGUGUAUAUAAAACAUUUGUACUUGAGGGAGAAACCUCGAGACAACAGUGAACCAAUUGUCAAGGAGGAACAUGUUGAUAGUGACUGUGAGAUCAUUGAUGUUGAGAUGGUUACUACACCAGUAACUCCUCGUACCCCUAAGUCUCUAAUGUCACAGCUGAGUCGAGAUGCUGAGGGGAGUCACAGGAAGCGUCAGCUCAGCUUCUCUUGCCAGCAGAGUGAUUCUGAUAGUGGCGGAGAAUCAACAACGAAGGAAGCCAAACCAGCUCCUGCCAUCUGUUCUCUACUUCUAAACAUUGAUCUCUCAUCCCCUCUUGGACACAGAGUGAAAAAACAACUUAAGAUUGACAACACUAUUCCCAUUAUUAGUAAGGCAGACAUUUAUUGUAGGGGUUAUGAGAAAAAUCACUUUUUUGAAAAGUUAAGACAGAGGGAAGUUGCAUAUCCAUGUACAUUUAAGAAGAAAAGGAAGCAUGCUGAGUAUUACCAUAGAAUGAAUUUUACUAAAUCUCAGAGACACGAGUUUAUGAUUACAAAAAAGACUGGUCUAAAUAGAAAAAGUCGUAAACUCCUUAGUCAAAUGGAGACAUGCAAGGUGGAGUUAGAGCACAUGGACCCAGUGGAAGUGAAGGAAUGGCUGAGACGUAAGCCUAAGCCUCUCAUGCCCAAUUACUACCAGCAGGCUCGAUAUGCACAAGCUGUGUUUUCCAGGACAAGUGCAAAUGCCAGGCAUUUCAGCAAUGAGGUUAUACAGAGGGCCAUUGGAAAGCCUUUGUGUGGACCUCUGUCCGCCAAGAUUCGCCAUAUGAACCAAAGUCUUGCCUCACUUUCAAAGAUGGGCCCAAUUCCAAGGUCUUACAUGAUCACCCAGGUUGUGAAGAAUCCUGAUGGUUCAGAGACCAUGAGGAUGGUGCAGGACCAGACCUCAGUCUAUCGUCCAAUAUACAGGUCCCAGGCUGCUGCUGCUAGUCGCAGGAAACAAAAUUUUGAAAGUGAAAGACUUGAACGGUCAAAUAAUGAGAUCGAGAUUAUAGACUUGUCUUCAUCUGAUGAGGAAAAAGGCCCUGUUCAACAAGAUGUCCGAAAACCCACCAAAGCAAUCCAUAGAACCAACAUACUAUCUAAGGUAUUCAGACCAUCUGGCUCGUUUCAGCCUCGUCCCUCUGGUAGUGGAAUACAGAAUAACCCAGUCCUUAACAGACCACACCCAUAUGUGCAUAUCCCAACAACUAAUCCUAAGGGAUUCAGUAUCCAUUCCUCCCCUCCAGGGGCUCGCACAUGUAAGGAGCUUCAACAGCGCCCCUUGUCAAGUGGAGGGACUCAUGUGGCGGAGUUCGGAGAGAUAGGGCAGGGUUUGGUGAUGAAGUCACCCAGUCCUGGUCCUGGCCUGAGAAUUAGCUCUGUUUACAGCCUCCAGGACUCUCAGUCAGAGCAAGUUAGGGACAACUCAAACUUUACUACAAUUAGGUACCAGUCAGGUGUUGUUAAUCCCCCUGGUCCUAGACCCCUUCUUACUAGACCACAGGGCCCCAGACAACAGAUAAAUAACCCUAGACCAGGACUCCAGGGGCCCCCUAGGAUGGUGAGAGGACCCAGGCCAGAACCUGUCAAAACCUCCGUCCAAAAAAUGGAGGUGACAGGUAAAAACAAUGACACACAAAUGGUGGACGUUAUCUGUAUUGAUGACGAUGAUGAUUAGAUGACAACUAAAUGAUCAUCGACAGUAACGAGUGUAAAUUUCUAUAGCAGCAUUGUGUGAUGUAAGCUAAGUGAUGCAAGAUUUCAGCAUAUUGUAUGUGGAUAAUAGUAUACAUUAUAUCAGUAUUUCUGAUAGUUAUUUGUCCUGCGUGUGAAGUUUGUGUCCUUCAUGAGAAGUUUUUUUUCAUAUAACCCAUAUCCAAAUGUACUAGUCACUAUAGCAAACUCUUGUGAAAGUCUGUUGUUAUUUGAAAUCAUGAUUCUGUGUCUAAAAAUCAGGUCAGUAAAACGUUUGGAAUGAACAUCCAGCAAUCAUUCUGAUGAAAAUCAACAUGUCUUAUUUAAAUCUUAAACUACCAAGUCUUGUUAAAACUUUGCCAGUCAACAGUUACAGUGAUGUCUUCUCCAGUGUAACUUCUGUAGGCAAUCUUUUGUAAUAGCAGUACAAUAAAGAUCUAGUUCUGAGGAUUUGAUCAUGAUUGAUGGAUAAUCUGUGAUAAUCCGUCCUAAACUGAGUGAUCUUGAAUCAAUUUAAAAUAAUUUUCAGGUGUGAUUAGUAAGCUUAGGCUUCUGAUUGCUGUUGAUGGGAUUUAUUCAAUAAUGAGUAGAAGAGGGAUAAGUUACUAAAAUGAUAAUGUAUUGUUACUGGUUAUUGUCCUUAAAUGUAUUGCUAAUUUGUUUCACCAUCCAUGUCAUAAACACUGAUCAUGACUUUAGCAGUAAAUAAUGUUUUAAGAGUUUAUGAGGCAUGAUAUGUGGAAUCACAUGGCCUUGGUAUACAUUUCCAUCUCCAUUCUCAGUUUUAUUUGUGUACUGUAAGGUUAUAUUCUUCUUAAACACAUGAAUGGUCCAUUGGGUAGAGAAUCUAUGUCCCUUUGGGAAGAAGAAUAUUUCAUUAUACACAAAGUCCCAUCCUACAUGUAGUUGGGGGGGCUGGCUAGGUAUAACUUGUCGUCUACGUUGAUGAUUACCUUCCCUCCGGUAGAACAGAAGAUAUCAUUGAUCAGUAAGGACUGGUAGGACUUUCAUCCAUAGGAAAAAGUGAUGACUUUGUAAUGAUAGUGUAACGAUAGUUGCAGUACAUAAAAUCUUUACCUGCAUGAUUCCCAUUGGCCGAUUUGUUGUGAAUUCUCAUGAGAUUUUGUUCAGUUUUGAAGCCAUGACUAUAUAACAGUCCAUAUUCCCAUUGAAACAACUUAUUCAAUUAAAUGUUCUUUAAUGUGGAGAUAUAUAUUUUGCUCACUGGAGAAAAGUCAAUGCUAGAAUUUUAGGAAUUUGGAUAAUAUAUCACCGAUCAUUUACUUUCAGCUAGAAAAUAUUUAGGGAAAUUCAUUACAUUCUAAUCGAAACUGGAAGCUGGAGCCAUUUUCAGUCAAUAUUUUCUGGCCCCUUUUCAGCAAUGUUCCUUUCUUGAGAAAAUUUCUUAACUUGACAUAGUAUUGGCUUUAUUUUGGGGAAAAUCUUGGUUAAGGAACAAACUUCCCUUUCAUUCUGUAAUAUGCUUUCCGAUGGAAAGUGAAAGAAUGUUGAUAAGUCAUGACACUGGAGCCUGAUUAUUAUUAUUAUUUGUACCCUCGAUCAAAGGACCUUGGUCUGGUUUCAUCUGGAGCACACUUUAAAUACUAACGGCAUUGUGAUUAUGUUUAUUGACAUUUUAAUUAAUGUUCAUCUUGAUAUAAUAUCCAAUAAUUAAGGGGGUACACAUUUUACAUAAAGGUAACAAUAUCAAAAUGAAUACCAAGUUAAUGUUCAUUACAAUCAACGUGAUACCGGUAAUUUGUGUUGAGGCUUUGUAACAUGAAUAUACAUGUAAUUUCUCACAAAAUGUUUAGCUGCUGGUGUCCACUUCAUUAAACUGAUCACAGAUGUAUCAUUACAUGAUCAUCAUUUAAGAGUACAACUAACAAAGCGAAUCAUAUUGUUCAUUCAUGUUAAACAAACAUUUUGAAAAUAAAUUUUCUAACAAAGCAAUAAUCUUAUUUAAUGGGUUUAUAAUGAUAUAACAUAGCUUUAUUCUUUUGAACAUGUUUCUACAUUACUGAAGUCCAAACUUAUGUCUUAAGAUGGGGCAAUAUGUUUCUUUCUUUAACAAGUUUAAUGAUUUUCAUCUAUUUCCUUUGUUUACAGAUGAUUGAUAUGCAAAGAAUGCAACAUUACAUUGUACAUUGUAUGUACUGGAUUUUAAUUUUUAAUUUAUACCUCACUUUACCACUAUAUACCAAUUUGUAGGUUACCUCCCUUCCAUUGCUACAUUCUCUAUAGAAAGGAAGUGAUAUACAACAUAUUAAUUGUAACUGUCAGUGUGGAUUGCACUUUCAAAUAUCAUUUACAUAGAUCAUUAUACAAUAAUGCAAAAGUGAUUGAAGAUUUGUGUGUAAAUGGAUUUUGAUGAGUCUUGUAUAUUUGUAACAAUCCUGCUCGUGUUUUGUUUAAGAAUGCUUGAGUAUGUUCAUACAAAUGUUGUAUGGCCACAUUUAUUUAGCCUUUAUGUAGUAGAAUGUGCUAAGAGUGUCAGCUCCAGUAUUUCAAGUCCACCAUCAUCAGAUGGUUGGCCAUUCAAAUUGCCCUACGUCAGUGGUCCAUUGUAAGUCUCUAAACAAUAUAAUGCUUAGUUGUGCCCAUUCAAUUUUUAGUCUGAUCAGUUACAAAACAAUAACCGAACCAAAAACAAAAACAAAUGGUAACAGCUAGCAGGCAGCUGCCAUCUUGGAUUUUGACAGAAGUUCUUAGAUCUUCUGAGAAUUUUACAAUAUGAAGGUUUUUCUUGUCAAAUGAAUGAGAGAAAAGAAAGGAGGUAGCUAGAGAAAAGAUCAGUCUUACAUGGUACCAAAUUCAACCAAUACAGGUUAUUCAAUGGUGGGUGCCAAGAUCUCUCUGGGAUCUCUUGUUUGUCCUAUAUAAACCUAUGUCCUGUUUACGGGCCUACUUUGUCAUACUAUCCUUUACCUGGUACAGUUAGCCAAUACCUCUUCAGCAGUUCACAUCACAUGUUAUUAGCAGGAUUAGUCUUGGAAUUCCUCUUCAGCAGUUCACAUCACAUGUUAUUGACAGGAUUAGUCUUGGAAUUCCUCUUCAGCAGUUCACAUCACAUGUUAUCAGCAGGAUUAGUCUUGGAAUUCCUCUUCAGCAGUUCACAUCACAUGUUAUUAGCAGGAUUAGACUUGGAAUUCCUCUUCAGCAGUUCACAUCACAUGUUAUCAGCAGGAUUAGUCUUGGAAUUCCUCUUCAGCAGUUCACAUCACAUGUUAUCAGCAGGAUUAGUCUUGGAAUUCCUCUUCAGCAGUUCACAUCACAUGUUAUUAGCAGGAUUAGACUUGGAAUUCCUCUUCAGCAGUUCACAUCACAUGUUAUCAGCAGGAUUAGUCUUGGAAUUCCUCUUCAGCAGUUCACAUCACAUGUUAUUAGCAGGAUUAGUCUUGGAAUUCCUCUUCAGCAGUUCACAUCACAUGUUAUUAGCAGGAUUAGUCUUGGAAUUCUACAUUCAUAGCACAUGAAUGAUAUAUUGAACUGUUAUUGUUGGGAAAUAUCAAGGAUUUCAAGCAUUUUGAGGUGUUAACUAUUACAAGAUCAUAAUAUGCAAAAGAUAAGCUAAACUCCAUGGUGUCACUUUUUAGUGGAGGGUCAAAUGUUUUACUGUUAUGACUGUUGAAUGCUAAAUAGUUAAAAUUUACCCCUGGUUUUUGUAUUUUUGUCUGUUUCCAACGAGUAACUGAAUGCAGAAAAACACAUACAUUUAUUCACAUCACAAUCAAUUCUUUAAAUAUUAUAGUCCCUUUCUGUAGCACUGCCAUUCAAGUAUCAACCAUCCAAGUCUGAUAAUCUGUAGAUGUAUGGCUGAAGAGGUGGGCGGUGUUUACCAGUAUUUACUGUACAUAUGUAUCUGUAGCUAGUGGUAUGUGUAAAGUAGAAUCAUGUACGUCCAAUUAAGUGUAUAGUUACAAUGAAAUCACCUUGUACAUAAAUGGUGAUGUGUGACCAGGCUGGUACACUGAUCAAGUCUGGAUUACGAAUUUUCUAAAAAUUGUCAUGAGAAUAACAAAAAACAAUAAAAAUAUUGAAUUUGCUAAAGGCAUAUACAGAAAUA